GGCCAGGCCAACGUGCUCGUCGAAGCAACAUCCUCGCUCCGACGUGUGCAGGCCGCGCCAAAGCAUGAACGCGGCGCGCUUCCCCACUGUACGGAGGCAGCACCCCCUGGCUACUUCCGCCGACUCCUCUCCCUCGUUCAUGGCCCCAUCCCAGCCGUGAGCGCAGUUCAUCAGCCAGCCUUCAGCCUUUCGCCUGCUGCCUGAUCCUCCGCCCGUCUCCGCACCUGUUGCUCGCCGCGACCGUCCAUUGUUGCCUUGCCGUCGUCGCAUUGGCACCUCCGUUCCUGCUCCGCCUUGCCCACGGGCUCUCCACCACUCCGCGCUUGGCAUUUGUCCGAUGCUUGAGCACGACGCGAUCCAGCAACGUACUCGAGCCGCUCCUGUUCUUCAGCAACCCACUCCAAGUGCAGCUGCUCCGGUCUCGCAUACAGCGAGACAGACUAGCCAUGGCCGAAGUUGAUGCACCAACAGGCUUUACAGCCGUCAACCCAACCUCCCCCACCGCCGUGCAACUGGAGCCCGACCCCCUGUCAGCGGCUGGCAACAAGAGGAAGAGGGACUCGAAGACUAUGCCAAAGUUCUAUGCUGUCCGCACUGGCAAGUCACCAGGUAUCUAUCACACCUGGAACGAAUGUCUCGAACAAGUCCGUGGCUUCCCGAAGGCCAUGUUCAAGUCGUUCACAUCGCUCAGCGAUGCCGAGAAGUUUGUCAACAAUGAGGGAGAUGCGAGACCAUCCAACGUCACCAAGUGGUACGGCGUGCAAGCUGGGAGAAACCCUGGAGUGUACACCAAUUGGCAAGACGUGUUGGACCAGAUCACAGGGUGGAAAGGACCCAAGCACAAGGGUUUCAAAACGAGGACAGAAGCUGAGCAAUAUGUGGCUGAAGGGCAGGCAGCAUUCGCGGCAGCUGCGGCAGACAUCCCGAUAGGCAGCAUCGAACAGGGCGAGCCAGCACCAAAGGCAAUGAAGAUGACGAAGAAGAAGGCCAAUGGGAUCAAGGAGGAGAGUCCUCCGCUGUCUCUCGUGCAAGGAGAGUACGAGCCGGGCGCCGCUCCACUGCCAGACGAUGCGGACGACGGUUUCGAUCGGGACCUCAUAAUAGACUCUGCCACAGAUGGCCUACGAUACAAGACGCGGGUAGAGAGAGAGGCGUACAAAUAUCAGGCGGCACGCCCUGUCAAGGACGCCCCAAUCAGAAUAUACACGGACGGGAGCUCGCUUUCGAAUGGAAAGGCAACAGCCUGGGGCGGCGUAGGUGUCUACUUUGGACCACAGGACAGACGAAACAUCAGCGAGCCGCUGAGUGGCACCAAGCAAACGAACCAACGAGCAGAGUUGACUGCGAUCAUUCGCGCGCUCGAAGUGGCGCCCAAAGACAGAAAGAUCGUUAUAGUCAGCGACAGCAAGUAUUCGAUAGACUGCGUGACCGACUGGUUCCGCAACUGGCAGCGAAACGGCUGGGUGAAUUCUUCGAGGAAGCCCGUGGAAAACAAGGACUUGAUCCAGAAGAUCUUGGACAUGUUGGAGGAGCGGUUCCGUCUCAACCAGCACCGGAUCGAAGGCGAGCAAGAAAUCACCACAACAGAUAAACGAGCACAAUGGGAUCGUGGUCCGGGCGGAGUACGAUUUGAAUGGGUGAAGGGACACGACAAGGAUGAAGGCAAUAAUGCUGCCGAUGAUCUUGCGACUGCUGGAGCGAGAUCAGCAAGAGAGCUCGGUAUGGACGUCAAUCUGUCCUCGCAGGAAUAGCGUUGUUCUCAUCCUGCGAGUGUGUAGUAAGCCAAAAGUGGAGAUUUCCCGAUAGUGCUCAAAACACUGUCAUAAGCUGUCGAUAUGCGGCUUGCGGCAAGAUUAUACUGUCCAACAGUGGACAAGAUCGCUGCUACAGCUAUGUUAGUGCGGGCUGCACGACGAUAAUGGCAAAUGCUGGCCGUGCAUCGCGUCUUCCAAUUUCACAUUGACGAAUUGAACUUGCAGCCUUUUCCUGUUCCCUCACACCUUGGGAUCUGUGAUAACAGCCUUCUGCACAACGAAUCAAGGUUUAGACAUGGCAUGGCUCAA